AUCUUUUUCGUGGUUUCCAGCGGUGGGUCGCUGCGCUCUAGCAGAAGGUCCGACCUCCUCCUCGUCUCUCAGUCUCCAGUCUGCGCUCAUCUCCAUCAUGCCUCCAAGCUCUCCUCUGUGGAGUCCCUCGAAAUGAAACCGUGAUCAUUUUGCUUAUUUCUCUCUUUAUUUUUUUCUUGCUGUUUUGAUUUACAUUUUUUACUUACUACACAUCGCGCGCAACCAAACAAGAAAAGGCGAGCGUCUCUCCGGCUGUAAGUUUGGGAGCGUGUGUCGCACUGUAGGGGAGGAAGAGAUGGCAGUCCCGGUGGAAACAGCGCUGGCUCUCCUGGUUCUCACCGUGGCAACUGCCUUGUGUGCGGAGGUGGAGGAGCGGUUGGUGAAUCAACUGUUGUCACCAGAGCGCUACAACAAGCUGAUCAGACCAGCUGUUAACAACAGCCAGCAGGUCACCAUUUACAUCCAGGUGUCUCUGGCCCAGCUGAUCAAUGUGAAUGAGAGGGAGCAGAUCAUGACCACCAACUGCUGGCUCACUCAGGGAUGGAACGAUUACAGAUUAAUGUGGGAUCCUGAGGAGUAUGAAGGAAUCAAGAAAAUUCGACUCCCGUCACAGCACAUCUGGCUGCCAGACAUCGUCCUCUAUAACAAUGCUGAUGGGACUUAUGAAGUCUCCUUUUACUCCAACGCUGUGGUCUCGAGCAAUGGAGAAGUCGCCUGGCUCCCACCAGCCAUCUACAAGUCGGCCUGCAAGAUCGAAGUCCGUGAUUUCCCCUUUGACCAGCAGAACUGCACCCUCAAGUUUCGUUCUUGGACGUAUGACCACACAGAAAUUGAUCUCAUCCUCCUCAGUGAUUAUGCCUCACGGGAUGACUUUAAACCCAGCGGUGAGUGGGACAUUGUUUCUCUGCCUGGACGCAAGAAUGAAGAUCCUAAUGAUAUACGAUACCUGGAUAUCACCUAUGACUUUAUUAUCAGGAGAAAACCUUUAUUUUACACCAUCAACCUGAUCAUUCCCUGCAUACUCAUCACAUCAUUGGCUAUUCUGGUGUUCUAUCUCCCAUCAGACUGUGGUGAAAAGAUGACUCUUUGCAUCUCUGUCCUCCUGGCCCUCACUGUGUUUUUACUUCUAAUCUCAAAGAUAGUGCCACCCACAUCUUUAGCAGUGCCUCUGAUUGGGAAGUACCUUAUGUUUACCAUGGUGCUGGUCACCUUCUCCAUUGUCACUAGCGUUUGUGUGCUCAACGUGCAUCAUCGAUCCCCCAGUACGCACACCAUGCCACCUUGGGUCAAACGUGUUUUCCUGCACCAGCUCCCCUCUUUUCUCUUCAUGCGUAGACCUGGAAGCUCUAACAUCCGGGAACGCUUCCGGAAAAAGCACCAGAAGCAAAAGUAUUCCGACCACAGGCUGUGUGGAGCAGAGGGCGUGCCCGGAGGUCCUACAGGAGUGGCAGAUUCCUCCUCUUCCUUCUUUGUCAAUGAGGAAUCAGCCAAACGCUACGGCUGGAGGAUCAGUGACUUAUCAGAGAACACAGAGUUCAGGAGGAGGAUGACACUCAAGAGCAACAUUGAUGUGGAAGAUGCUGUGGAUGGAGUCCGCUACAUUGCUGAUAAGAUGAAGACUGAGGAUGAUGAUGAAGGGAUCAUUGAAGACUGGAAAUAUGUGGCAAUGGUGAUUGACCGUCUCUUCUUGUGGAUCUUUGUGUGUGUUUGCGUUGUCGGGACGAUGGGCCUCUUCAUGCAGCCUCUGUUCCAGAGUUACAACACCCCCAUUGUUGAUGACGUGGAGAAUAACUGAAACCUAAAUCCUGAACUCUGAUUUUUUGACAUAACUCUAAACUUAACUUUUAUUUCCCCCAGAGACAGAACUCUGGUAACAUUUUAACACAUAAAUCUCUCACGGCCACCACUCACAGCACCAUGACUGGGAAAUGAUAACGAUACACUUCUGCCCUCUUCUGACACCUCCUCAUCCUUUAUGUGCCCUGCCAUCCUCUGCUCCACACAACAUUUGCACAAGAUGCUGGUAUUUGUUUUUUUUUUCCUGUUAAUCUGAAUCCCCGGGGUUAGCAAAAAACGUAUUUGAAGGAGAAAGAAAAGAACAGUAAAUGCAUAACCUUAAAUGUCUCUUGUAGAAUAAAUUAAAAUACUGACUUCUACUUAAUCUACGAGAACAAUGCUUAAAUUCUGUUCAAGCUAACCCAAAAUUAAUUGGAAAUAUAGAAAGCCGAAGUCUUAUAAAGCAUCAACUUAACCCUUACCACUGUUCAAAAAAGUUUAACCUGACCAACUCAGGACUUCAUUUUAUUUAUUUGUUUAUUUAUGUUGUAAA